AUGACUUUGUUAUGGGCAACUCUAAUGGUUUCUCUAUUUGUAUAUGCCUUGUAUCAGCUGCUAAACAUUCCCAAGAGGAAAAAGUUUCCUCCAAGUUCAACAGGCUUUCCCAUUUUAGGACAUCUUCAUUUGUUAGCUGGUAAAAAUCCACACGAAGAUUUACAAAAACUAGUUAAGAAACAUGGUCCUAUUAUGUAUGUGAGACUAGGGCUAGUACCUACAAUCAUUGCCUCGUCUGCUGAUGCAGCGGAGAAGGUCCUCAAGACGUAUGAUCACAUCUUUGCUAGUAGGCCUCAUCAUGAGGCAUCUCAAUAUUUGUCUUAUGGACAGAAGAAUAUGGCAUUUGCAAAGUAUGGUGUGUAUUGGCGCAACAUGCGCAAGUUGUGCACUCUGCACCUUUUGAGCAAUCGCAAGAUCAAUUCAUUUCAAUCCAUGAGAAAGCAAGAAGUUCAAUCUGGAGAAGCAGAAUUUCAGUUUGACCCUGCAAUGGACACUACAGCAUCAUCAACGGAAUGGAUACUCACAGAACUUCUUAGACAUCCCCAAGUGAUGAAGAAACUCCAAAAGGAGUUGCAAGAAGUGGUAGGCUUUGAAAUAAUGGUUGAAGAAUCUAACCUGGAAAAUUUGAAUCGACGUACGGUUGCCACUAUAGAUUUUCGUGGACGCGACUUUCAACUUGUACCAUUUGGCUCUGGGAGAAGAAGUUGUCCUGGAAUGCAGUUGGCAGCUACUGUUGUCCGCCUUAUGGUGGCACAAUUGGUGCAUUGCUUUGAGUGGGAGCUUCCAAAUGGUAUGCAGCCUUGUGAUUUAGACAUUGAUGAGAAGUUUGGGCUAGUAACAUGUAGAGAAAUGCCUUUGCUGGCUAUUCCUACUUAUAGAUUAAAGAAAUGA